AUGGGCCCCCCCGGGCUCCUCCUGGGGCUCCUCCUGGCUCUGGGGGUCAGGGGGACGCCGGAGCCGCCGGGGCCGCUGCCCGAGGAGCAGGAGCACGGGUAUUACCUGCAGCAGCUCUUCGGGCAGUACGGGGCCAACGGGACCCUGCCCUUCGAGGGGCUGGCGCGGCUGCUGGGCAGCCUCGGGCUGGGCCGUGUCCAGGUGGUCCAGAUCCAGCACGAGGAGCUGGGCCACGGCCACGUCAGUCACCUGGACCUGCUCGAGGUGCAGAGGAGAAGCACCGGCACCGGCACCCGGUCUGGGAGCACGGUGGGGACGCGGCUCCCGGCGCCCCAGCGACCGACCGACCCCACAGCCCCCCGCCCUCCCAGACACAAAGCUGGGCGAAGCCAGUGCCCACCGAGCCCCCCGGUGCUGGGGGCCCCCCCCCGGCGGUACCAGCCCACCCUCAGCCUGCUGGGGAGGGUCCUGGGCUUGGAGCACUCCAGCGCCGACCACCCGCACGAUGACUGCCUCAACGUGACCCAACUGCUGGUGAACUUCGGGCUGGACUCGGUGUCGCAGCUGACGCCGGAGCAGUUCACCCUCCUGUGCCCGGCCCUGCUCUACCAGAUCGACAGCCGCGUCUGCAUCCAGCACAGCGAUGAGGUGACGCUGCCUCCCCCGGGGGGGGGCCUGUGGCCAGCGCUGGGCUGGGCUCUCCUGGCCGUGGCCUCCAUCAGCCUCCCGUCCGCCCUGGCCGUGCUCCUGGUCCCGCUGCUGAGCCGCAGCUUCUUCCGCUCCCUCCUGGCCUUCCUGGUGGCCCUGGCCGUGGGGACACUCUGUGGGGACGCCCUGCUCCACCUCUGGCCCCACGCCCAGGGGGGGCACCAGGACACGUCGUCGGAGCCGGGGCCAGCAGUGCUGCAGGGGCUGGCGGUGCUGGGGGGCAUCUACCUGCUCUUCCUGCUGGAGCUGCUCCUGGGGAUGCUGCGGCGCAGGCGGGAGGCCACGGGAUACCCCCAUGGAGAGACCCCCGGUGUGGCCGUGGGGGUCCUGGCACCGUCACGAGGAGGGGCCGAGCUGAGACACCUCAGGGCACCAGACACGGACCCGGAGCUGGAGCUGAGGCCCCACGGACCCCCCCGUGAAUCCCCCCACGGGCCCCCCCACGGACACUCCCACGGCCCCGCGCUGCCCCUCAGCCCCGGGGCCACCGACAUCGUGUGGAUGGUGGUCCUGGGGGAUGGGAUCCACAACCUGACGGACGGGCUGGCCAUCGGUGCCGCCUUCUCCCACAGCCUCUCCAGCGGGCUCAGCACGGCGCUGGCCGUGCUCUGCCACGAACUGCCCCACGAGCUGGGUGACCUGGCGGUGCUGCUGCGGGCGGGCACCGCCCCCCGCUCCGUCCUGCUCCUCAACCUGCUCUCGGCCCUGCUCUCCUGCCUGGGCGUGGUCGCGGGGGUGGCCGUGGGGCACAGCGGGACCCCCCUCACCCCCUGGGUCCUCACCACCACCGCCGGCAUCUUCCUCUAUGUGGCCCUGGCCGACAUGCUCCCCGAGGCUCUGCGAGGAUCCGCCGAGGGCCCCGGCGAGGGCACCUGGAGCCGCUUCCUCCUGCAGAACGCGGGGUUCCUGCUGGGCAGUGGCAUCAUGCUGGGCAUCGCCCUGGCCGAGGGGCACGUUCGCGCCUGGCUGCAGCUCUGAGGGGCUCGGCCGGGGCCAGGACCGGGCAGCAGGACGCCCAACGUGCCCCCAGGACCGGAUUUUUUCACCUCCUGAAGACCCUCAGCGGCAUCCGCUGCCUCGGGAGCCUCAGGCUCAGCCUCCUGUGGGGUGGGACUCGGGGGUCCCCUCAGCCCCCCUGGGUGGGGGCAGUGGGGUGCUCACACACCCGGCUCCGGGGCUGAAUCCAAGCUUGUUCCCCUUCCCGUCCUCCCAGACCAGGCAGAGGAAGGACAACAGCCCGUAGAAGCAAUAGCAUUUUAAUAAACAUAAUUGAUUCAAAGCCACAA